CGUGGCUUUCGUGGUUCCACUCGUUUCUGUCCCAGGCCCAGCAUUCAUAUCGUGUCGACUCUAUCGACUCGUUCGUCUUGCGCCGGCCAGAAGCUCUUCUUCCCCAGGGCACUCCCAUGGAAGGAGGCGUCACGGCCAGCUCAUUUCACAAAAGGGUCGCCGUGGUGACCGGAGCCAACAGAGGGAUCGGGCUGGAGGUAUGCAGGCAGCUCGCGUCCGGUGGCGCGACGGUCGUCCUCACGGCCAGGGACGAGAAGCGGGGCGCCGCGGCGGUCGACGCGCUCCGGGAGCUCGGGCUGCCGGACGUCCUGUUCCAUCAGCUGGACGUCGGCGAGCCGUCGAGCGCCGCUCGCCUGGCCGACUUCGUCAGGGAUAGGUUUGGCAAGCUGGACAUACUGGUCAAUAACGCGGGAGUCUCCGGGGUGAGAAUGGACAUCGGAGACCCGGCAGCUCUUCACCAAGUGCGUACAAGCAUGAGUGCAGUGGAGAGGCUCGAGUGGUUCAACCAGAGGACGACAGAGCCUUUCGAGGAGGCAGAAAAAUGCCUAAGGACAAACUACCACGGCACCAAAAACGUGACGGAGGCGCUGCUUCCUCUGCUCCUAUCCUCCUCUGAUGCAAGGGUUGUCAACGUCUCCUCUUCUUAUGGGUUACUAAGGUUUUUCAGCAGAGAGGAGCUUAAACACGAGCUUGACGACAUUGAAAAUCUAUCGGCGGAGAGGUUGGACGAACUGUCAGAACUGUUUCUCAAGGACUUCAAGAAUGGUCGGCUGGAUCACCAUGGAUGGCCAGUUGGAGGGUUCUCAGCCUACAAAGUGUCCAAGGCCCUGAUCAAUGCUUACACAAGAGUUCUUGCCAAGAAGCACACCUCGAUGCGCGUCAAUUGUUUAGAUCCUGGCUAUGUUAAGACAGACAUCAAUUUCCACACCGGGGUUCUGACCGUGGAGGAAGGCGCAAGAGGCGCUAUGAUGCUGGCACACUUGCCGAAGGAAGGGCCGACGGGAUCCUACUUCAAUGGCACAGAACAAGCACCCUUCGUGUAGCGGUUGUAUUUUUCUUGUGCUCUGGAUGUUAUCCGUAACUUAUACCCUGGUCAACCAUGAAUAUUUUUUCUUAAGAUAAUUCAUGCUAUA